AUGAGGACGCUAGUGGCUUUAGCCGUAGUGGGAUGUGUGGCGAUGUGCGCGGGGCGUGAGGUGGCGGGGGCGGGGGAGGGGGACCUGGUGCCGGCUGCCAGCCACCACAAGGGGCACCACCACGAGGAGGGCGGCGGCAAGGAGCACCACGAGCAUCACCACCACGAACACGGGGAGAAGGGCCAUAAGGGACACAAGGGUCAUCAUCACCACCACAAGGGCGAACACGGUCACCACGGCAAGCACCACCAUGAGGGCCAUCACUCCGAGCAUGGAGGUGGACACAAGAAGCACUGGGACGAACACGACCACCACGGGAAACACCACGAGCACGGACAUCACCACAAGGGAGAGAAGCACGGCCACAAGAAACACCACGACAAGGGAGAAGAGACCGAGGGCUACCACAAGAAGUUCCACAAGGACGAGUACCACAAGGACCACCACUUCUACGACGACCACCACAAAGAAGGCAAACACCACAAGCACGGUGACUUCCACGGACACCACGAGAAGAAGGGCGGCCAUCACAAGAAGGGAGGCCACCAUCAUUCCGGCCACCACGAAGACCACUACGGCAAGAAGGGCCACCACGACAAGGGCCACUACGAUGAGGACCACAAGGGCCACAAGGGCCACCACGGCCACGAGGAGCACCACCACCACCACCACGACCACGGCAAGAAGGGCCACCACGACGACCACAAGCACUGGGGCUUCCACCACGGAAAACACUGAUGUAACGUUAAGACCCUUAUUGUUUUAUUUAUAACUUACUUAGUUCAUUGUUAUUUUUUACCACUUUGUAAAUACUGAAUAAAAUCUUGU